AGCACUCCGUCCCCCGGACUCUUCUUCUUCUCUUCUUCUACAAUCUACUAUCUCCUGCUCAUCUACAGCAAUCAUGCCCUCCCAGACUCUAGACCCCUACACCGCCUCCGUCAUCAACGCGACCGGCCCCAAAACCGAACCGAGAACCCGCCAGCUCUUCGCGUCCAUGAUUAGCCACAUCCACGACUUCAUCCGCGAAAACAAAGUCACCGUCGACGAGUGGAUGCUCUCCGUCGACCUCAUCAACCGCAUCGGCCAGAUGUCCGACGAGCGCAGAAACGAGGGCAUCCUCGUCAUGGACGUCCUCGGCGUCGAGUCGCUCGUCGACGCAAUCACCUUCGACGUCGAGCACGAAGAGCCUGCCGCCGGUGCCGACAGUGCCGGUCUCACUAAGUCUUGCAUCAUCGGCCCCUUCUACCGCGAAAACUCCCCCGUCUACAAGAACGGCGAGUCCAUCAUCCAGAAAGAGCUCCCUGGCGGAGACACCGCCGUCGUCGGCGGCUACGUCCGCUCAUCCGACGGCUCCCCCAUCGAGGGCGCCAAGGUCGAGGUCUGGCACACCGCCCCCAACGGCCUCUACGAGCAGCAGGACCCCGACCAGCCCGACUACAACCUCCGCGGCACCUUCUACACCGACAAAAACGGCUUCUACGAGUUCAUCGGCCUCAGACCAACCUCCUACCCUAUCCCCUUCGACGGCCCGGCCGGCGACAUCCUCCAGCUGCUCGACAGACACCCCUACCGCCCCGGCCACAUCCACUUCCUCGUCUCUGCGCCCGGCCACAGAAGACUAAUCACGCAGAUCUUUGACGCUCGCGACGAGUACGUCGAGAACGACUCCGUCUUCGCCGUCAAGAACGAGCUCGUUGUCAACUUUGAGGCCUGCAAGGACGACCGCGCCGCCUACCAGGUCCAGUACGACGUCACUCUGCCUUCCGAGGAGUUCCUUGCUAGCAAGGUCAAGAAGUAAUCACAUCUUUGUUUUGAAUUCUGCAUGUUUUUCGCGUUCGGGAUGACUGUUUGUUUUGUUUAUGAGGGACUGGUUCCUUCGGUGUACUGUUUCUUUUAGUUCUCAUGCCGUACAUGCAUUGAUUAAUAUGAAUUUACAACACGAAAUCUCUCGUAUCUCUCUGAUGACUUCAAAA